UAACUACAGAUUCAUAUGUUUCCAAAUGCAAAUGUGCUGAUGAAUCAGGUACGAAACAUGGAUGAUCGAAAAAAUAUUCCAAAUAAACGAGAUGGGAAAAUUAAAAGUGAUCAUAAUAAACCUUCUUCUAAGAAAGAAAUUUGCAUCGGUGAAGAGGUUAAGAUUGCAGUAGCUAUAGCUAUCGAUCGCUUUAAAAAAAAUGAAGCGGAAAAAGAAUUAGAGUUUCCUUCUUCAUUUACUGCCCAAGAACGAGCUUAUGUCCAUCGAUAUUGUAGAGACUUAAAUCUUAUAUCUAAAAGUCGAGGAAUAGGAAACAAGCGAUGUUUGACAGUUUUAAAAACAGAAAAACAAAGUUCUAAUGUUAAUGUAAAAUUAAAUAUGACGAAAAUUAGUGUAAAUGCUAUCUCAACAUUACUAAGCAAUUUUCCAGUCACAAGUAGAGAUAGACACGAGCUUUCGGGUCAGAAGCUUCACAAAGGUAUUAUCAGCGAACAAAACAAAAUUUUAAACAAAGAGAAUAGAUUAGUUUUAGGAAGUAGCGGUACUAUUAUUCCUCCUGAGCCUAAAGAAACUGAAGCUGGAAAAUGUGCCAAAAAUCUACCAAUAUUUCAUUUUAAAGAGCAAAUACUAAAAACUUUAAAAGAUAAACAAGUUCUUUUAAUAUCUGGAGACACAGGUUCUGGAAAAACAACUCAGGUUGGACAAUAUAUUUUAGAAAGUUGUAGACAAGCUCAAAAGCCAUGUCAUAUUAUUUGUUCGCAACCAAGAAGAUUAUCUGCAAUAUCUGUUUCUGAACGUGUUGCUUCUGAGCGAGGUGAAAGGAUUGGUCAAACGGUGGGAUAUCAAGUUAGACUUGAUAGUAAGUUAUCACCCAAAACAGUUUUACAGUUUUGUACAACUGGUGUUUUGUUACGUUUACUAAUGGUUGGGCACAAAAGUUUGGUCAAUGUCUCUCAUGUAAUAGUUGAUGAAAUUCACGAAAGAGAUUCGUUUACUGACUUUUUACUUAUAUGUCUAAGAGACUUGCUUAAGUCAUACAAAAAGCUUAAGCUCAUUCUAAUGAGUGCUGCACUCAAUGUUAAUUUGUUUAAAGACUAUUUUGAAGACUGUCCGACAAUUCAUGUGUCAGGAAAUCAUUUUAAUGUACAGACAUUUUUUCUUGAGGAUGCUUUGAGACACACUGGCUAUGUUAAUAAAGCUAUGAAAAAGUUAAUGAGGGAUUCUGAUAAAAAUCUUUUUUGGCGAGACGACCUGGCUAAUCAAGAAAGUGUUGAAGAUAAAAGCAAUGACCAAAAUGAAUCAUUUAAAGCUGAUACAAUAUCAAAUAUUGAAAAUAUAGAAAAAUGUGAAGCAAAACGUGAUUCUGUUGAUAAUAGUUUAUCAGAAAAACAAGAAUCAAAUGCAUUGGUGGAAGGCGAAGAAUUAGAAAUGAAUCAAAUUGAUAAAAAAGUUGAAUUACUUGAUAUUUCUCAAGAUGAUGAAUUAAAACAUAGCGAUGAGGAAUCAAUUCAUGAUGAGGAUGAUGAUGAAAUAAUUAUAGAAGAUGAUGAAAAUCCAGGUGUAGAAGAACAAGAGUGUGAUAUUAACUUUUCUGAGGAAAUGGAUUCAUACCUUGCUCAAGCUUGGUUGAAUGGUGAUGAUGAAGCUUUUGAUCAAAUUAUACAUUUGAUCCUAAAUGAGAAUGUUAACAUAAAUUAUCAACACUCUCAUACUAAAAUGACUGCACUAAUUGUUGCAGCUGCAAGAGGAAAUCUUGCCCUUACUGAACAAUUGGUUGAACUUGGUGCUAAUUUACAUAUAAGAGAUCCCAAUAACAAGCGAGAUGCAUUUGAAUGGGCAAGUCAUUUUAAUCAAGACCAUGUAGUUGAGUUCUUGCAUUCUCUCAUAUCUGGUAAUUCACAACCUGUUGUCAGCAAUUGUUCAAACACCGAAGAAGAUCAUAGACGACUAGAAUUGUACCACAAAUCUUUUGAUGAUCAAAGAGUUGAUAUUAAUUUGAUUAUGGCUUUGAUUUCCUCAAUAACUAAAAAAACAACAGCAUUACAAGGUGCAAUUUUGGUGUUUCUACCUGGUUAUGAUGAAAUAAUUACUCUACGAGAUUCUUUGAUUGCAAGUCCUGAGUUCUCUUCAAGAGCAAAGUAUCAAAUAUUACUUUUACAUUCAAUGAUUCCACCAUCAAGUCAGCGUAAAGUGUUUACAAAACCUCCUUUAGGUGUGCGAAAAAUAAUUCUUUCAACAAAUCUGGCAGAAACAAGCAUUACAAUUGAUGAUGUGGUUUAUGUAAUUGACUCGGGAAAAGUUAAAGAAAACAGUCACGAUCCUAUAAAUUCUGCUUCAACAUUGCGAACAGUUUGGAUUUCCAAAGCGAGUGCUAUGCAGCGUAGAGGUCGAGCUGGUCGUUGUUCAAAUGGUAUUUGUUAUCAUUUAUUCAGCCAAGAACGCUUUCAGCAUUUACAACUAUAUCAAGAUGCUGAGAUCCUGCGUAUACCAAUCCACAGUUUAUGUUUGCAGUCAAAAAUGUUAGCUCCUGUAAAUAUUUCCAUUGCUGACUAUUUGUCUAAAGCACCAGAACCUCCUUCUAUCCUCAUGAUUAGAAAUUCAAUUCAUCUUUUAAAAGCAAUUGGUGCUUUAGAUGAAAAUGAAGACAUGACUGAUCUUGGGAAAGUUUUGGUUGAAAUUCCAAUUGAGCCACAGGCAGGAAAAUUGAUUUUAAUGGGACUUACAUUAAAAUGUUUAGAACCAGCUAUCAUUAUUGCUUGUUGCUCAUCAUUUAAAGAUCUUUUUGUUCUUCCUGUAAGUGCAUCUCAGAAGAGUCUUGCAGCUAAUGUAAAAUUUAGAUUAAGUGCUGACUCAUUCAGUGAUCAAAUAUGUUUAUUACGUGCGUUUCAGGGCUGGCAGCAUGCUAAAAGAGCAGGUCGUGAGAAGUUAUAUUGUUCCAAGAAUUUUUUGUCACCAGGUAUUAUGGAAAUGGUGUCUGGAAUGAGACGUCAAAUAAUAUUACAUUUAAGAAAUCUUGGUUUUGUGCGAAGCCAUGGAGCUGGUGAUAUUCGUGAUUUAAAUUUGAAUAGUAGAAAUUGGGCUGUCAUAAAAGCAGUUGUAGGUGCAGGAAUGUAUCCGAAUAUAAUGCAGGUCGACAGAGAAAAUUUAUCAUUGAUAUCAGAUCAAGAGAAAAAAGUUAAUAUUCAUAAUUCAUCUGUACUGCUAGCUAAAGUUGAUGACAAACUACAUAGUGAAGCAACACGUGUUAAAAGAAUGAAAUCUGCAAUUUCACGCUUACCUUUUGAUUGGGUUGUUUAUGAAGAACUAUCACGUCUUUAUUAUUCUGUUCAAAUUCGUUGUGUUUCAAUAUUGUCCCCAGUUGCAUUAUCUUUAAUGUGUGGUCCAUGCAUGUCCUAUGAACAUAGCAGUUUGCGCAUAAAAUCUGGUCAAGAAAAUCAAGGUCAAAAAGAACAACUUAAAGAUGCAUUUUUCCAAGAAAGUGACAGCGAGGAGGAAGAUACAAGUAUUGCCGAAGAAAAAAGUUCUUUUAAAUUAGACGAUUGGAUCUCCUUUACUGGAGAGGAUCACAUUUUAUACUCCAUAGCUAUGUUAAGAAUAAAAUUUCUUGCUCUGUUCUCAAAACGUAUUCAAAUUCCUGCAAAAUCUUGGAACCAAGUUGAUGACCACGUUGUUCAAUGUAUAGUCAACAUAUUAACCAAAGAGGAGCAAAGUGUUGGAGUUACGAAUCCAGCUACUAAAGAUAUCGAUAGAAGAAUGGCAUACGAAAAACGAUCUGAUAAGUUUCGCUAUAAGUCUGGCCCACACGAAGGCUUAAGAAAGACUGGAAAUUAUGAAAUUGCUAUACCUGACUGGCGAACACGCCAAACCCGCGGCAAAAAAGUUGUUGCCGACCAAGAUGACUCAGUUUUAAGAGAUGAAAAAGGUGUACAAAUUAAUACGGAAAACGAAGCCGGUUGUUCGGAAGUAAAACGGCGUCCUGCGAGUUAUUUCAUUAUGAAAUGUAAUAAUGACAAGAAUAUGAGCAUAUCAUUUGAAAGAAAUAUAUGGGCAACAACAAGAGGAAAUGAAAAAAGAUUAAAUCGAGCGUUUAAUGAGUCUGAUGAAGUGUUUCUAAUUUUUUCUGUUCAAGGAAGUGGACAUUUUCAAGGCGUUGCUAAAAUGACUUCUGAAAUUGGCGAUAGACGUUGCGAAGAUUUUGGAUCAUUGAAUUUAGGAGGGUUAUUUAAUAUAGAAUGGAUUCACCAAGAGGAAAUCGCUUUUCAGUACACUCAGCAUCUUUGUAAUCCGUGGAACGACAACAAAAAAGUUCAAAUAAGCCGUGAUGCUCAAGAAUUAGAAACUAAUGUUGGCAAAUCUUUAGUAGAGAUGUGGCUUCAUAAUAGUACAUUAACUAAAGAUUUAGAACAGAAUGAAGAAAAUUUAGAACAGCAAGAUUUAAAUUCACCAAGUUUAGCCAAAAAUAAUGUCGUUGAAGAAGCUUUUUAUUCAGACGAGGUUUACUCGUCGAACGAUCCUGCUUAUAUGGAUGGAUAUACGCUUUAUAGUCCUCCUCCGUUUAGUCCUCAAUAUAUGCCUGAAUUUCAACAUAUACCUCCAUUUGGUCAUCCCCAAGUAUUCCAACAACCUUAUCCUAUGUACGCUCCUCCUGGAGGUCAAAUUUACCGUCAUCAAGACUAUUACAUUCCUCAGUAUCCACCACCACGCAGGAAUACAGCUCACGAUUAUUACCGCGAUGAAGGUUGGGAUCCAAGAAAUAGCCGUGGAAAUUAUCGUCAAUAAAUAUAUCGUCGAAAGAGUUUUA